AAACAUGGUCUCCUUCACAAAGAUGUUCAGAGAAUUGUUGGAGUUGAAUUCUUAGUGAAUUGAUAUAACUUAGAUAUCAUGGACCAUUACAGACAUUAAUCUUGUAUAAACAUUCAUUCCUACCUCUUUUCUGCUCACAGCUCUUGGGUGUUUUCAUUUGGUUUGGAGUGAUUCCCCCUCACACGACUGUCGACUUUGAUGAGCUACGUCCCCCCAACCCUGAGUAUGCUCGUGGGAUCCUGAAAUGUGAUAUGUCAGAUCUGUCUCUGAUUGGCUGUCUGAGCUACAGUAUGGUGCUGAUGGUCACAUGUACAGUCUAUGCCAUUAAGAGCAGAGGGGUUCCUGAGACCUUCAAUGAGGCCAAACCCAUCGGCUUCACCAUGUACACCACCUGUAUCAUCUGGCUGGCCUUUGUGCCCAUAUUUUUUGGCACAUCACAAUCCACAGAAAAGAUGUUCAUUCAGACCACCACGCUGACCGUGUCCAUGAGUUUGAGCGCCACGGUGUCCCUGGGCAUGUUGUACAUCCCCAAAGUCUAUGUCAUCAUCUUCCACCCAGAGCAGAAUGUUCAGAAGCGCAAGCGCAGCUUCAAAGCCGUGGUCCAGGCAGCCACCGUUUCCACUCAUCUCUCACAGGCGACAAGCGACAAGCAGAACGGAGAGACCAAAGCUGAACCAGAUAGAUCCCAAUAA